CGCGAGGUCGCCGCCAUGCUGCCGGCCCUGGCCGCCCAGCGGCGCGGCUGCCGCAGCCUCUACCGGCUGUACGUGCGGUGCCAGGCGGCGCCGCUCCGCCGCGCCUGCCACGGAUGGCAGACUUCAAUGAAAAGUGGGAGUCUUUCUUAUGUUAUCCCUUGCAAUCGUCUGCCUGUGCAGCUGAUGAGCCAAGUGAGAGUUUAUACCUCAAAUGGUCAGAAAAAAGAUGUUGGAUCAGAGGAUACAAAUGUAUCAGCCCCUGAAGAAACUGUGCCCAAAGUUGGAACAGGACAAGAUACCAGCAGUGUAGGUCAAAAACAAUCUUUUCUGAAAGAGCCAAUUCAAGUGAAAGUGAAAGCAGUCCUUAAAAAGAGAGAGUAUGGACCAAAAUAUACACAGAAUAACUUCAUCACUGGAGUCAGAGCAAUAAAUGAGUUCUGUCUUAAGUCCAGUGAUUUAGACCAGCUGAGGAAAAUUAAACGACGAAGCCCCCAUGAUGACACUGAGACUUUCACUGUGUACUUGAGAUCGGACGUAGAGGCAAAGUCUCUUGAAGUUUGGGGUAGUCCAGAAGCUCUUGCUAGAGAAAGAAAACGACGUAAAGAGGCAGAGAUCGAGUACAGAGAAAAUCUAUUUAGAAACCAAAGGCUGUUGAAGGAGUACAAGGAGUUUUUUGGAAAUACUAAGCCACGCUCCAGUACAACAUCUAUGUUUCUCAAGGGACCAGGAAAGGUGGUAAUGGUAGCUAUUUGCAUAAAUGGAUUGAAUUUUUUCUUUAAACUACUUGCUUGGGUUUACACGGGUUCUGCAAGUAUGUUUUCAGAAGCCAUACAUUCUUUAGCAGACACUUGUAACCAGGCAUUACUAGCUUUGGGCAUCAGUCAGUCUGCAAGGACACCUGACCCUAGUCAUCCAUAUGGCUUCACAAACAUGCGCUAUAUUGCCUCCCUGAUUAGCGGAGUGGGAAUUUUCAUGAUGGGUGCAGGACUUUCUUGGUAUCAUGGGAUCAUGGGUUUACUCCAUCCUCAUCCUAUAGAAUCUCUUCUCUGGGCAUAUUGCAUUUUAGCAGGAUCUUUGGUUUCUGAAGGAGCUACCCUUCUUGUUGCUAUAAAUGAAAUUCGGAGGAGUGCUCGAGCUAAGGGUCUCUCAUUUUAUCAAUAUGUUGUGCAGAGUCGUGAUCCUAGUACUAAUGUGGUGUUACUGGAGGAUGCUGCUGCAGUUCUGAGUGUGGCCGUAGCUGCUACGUGUAUGGGUCUGACUUCUUUAACAGGAAACCCUUAUUAUGACAGUUUGGGGUCUCUAGGUGUAGGAACUUUGUUAGGAACUGUAUCAGCAUUUCUAAUCUACACUAACACAGAAGCUCUUCUGGGAAGAUCCAUUCAACCUGAACAGCUGCAGCGACUUACCGAGUUACUGGAGAGUGAUCCUGUUGUAAGAGCAAUUCAUGAUGUUAAAGCCACAGACAUGGGAAUGAGCAAAGUGAGAUUCAAGGCAGAAGUAGACUUUGAUGGACGGGUUGUUACUCGUUCUUACCUGGAAAAACAAGACAUUGAACAGCUGCUACAAGAAAUUCAACAAGUGAAGACUCUUGAAGAACUAGAAGCCUUCAUGCUUAAGCAUGGUGAGAAUAUUAUUGACACACUGGGAGCUGAAGUAGACAGACUUGAGAAGGACCUAAAGCAACGAAACCCUGAUGUUCGUCAUGUGGAUUUGGAAAUACUAUAGACUUGACGGAAGAAGUCUUUAGGUUUUGGAAAGAAGUUGUGUAGAGGGAUGAAAAGCUGCUGAAACUGCAGUGACCUCAGUACCAUACCUCGCUUACUUUUGCUGUAGGCUUCCUGGACUGUUAGCGCUGUUUCUGGAAGAACAUUAGACUCGCGGGCAAAACUUUCUGUGGCAAAAUCAAUUUCAAAAAGCUAUUUAAUUUCCUCAAGAGAAUCUGUCUGAGUGAAUUUAUUGCAAUUCAGAACUUGAGGCUUGAGGUUCAGUUAGGGAAAUAUUACUGCCUGAAAAUAUACAACAUGCUUAGUUUUUCAUUGUGUCCCCUUGCAAUCAGUUUGCACUUCAUUAGUUUCUUUCAAGAUAUCAUUAAAGAUUCUUGGGAGAUAUUAAGAUUAGCUAGGAAGAUUUUGUUCCAGUGGAACCUGCCAACCUUAAGCUAGUUGUUAUUUUCCUUCUAUGUAAUUGUUUCACAGUUUUUUUUUUUUUUUUUUUUUUGAGAUAUGCUCUUUCUAAGAGGCACUGGCCUUCUCUCAAGUACCGUGACCUGGAAAUCUGCUUUUUGCCACUGUUGCCGUUCACAACAACACUUCAAAAAAUCAAUUUUUUUCCUCAGUAGGGUCAGCUUUGUGUGGCUAUCCAGAGUAUGUUGAGUUACUGUGAAGAAAUUACUGUGUAGGGAUUUUGGUGAACUUCCUUAGUUUAGAUUUUGUUCUUUCCCCCCUGAUUGUAUACUUUUUCUCUUAUUUGUAAAUAUCUUCAGAUGUAAUCUGGGGGAUAUUUAUGACUGUGCUUAUUAAAAUUUACCUGGCAUUUUUUGGCUUUUUAUACUUUUAAUAGGCUAUAUUGCCAGAAGAGUUCUUUGCUAGAAGUUAUAAUAGUCAAAAUGUAUUAGAAAUAUUUAUAAUUAAACAGAAAUGAAUACAUUGUAUUUUUUUAUUUAUUUACCUAUAGACAUUAUCUGUAGUCUGAGUUCUGAACUGCUUGCUUUGUGUUUUUUAAGAAUCAACCUUGCUUGUCUGGGAGAGUGAAACUAGUAGUCCUCAACAAUCCUGAGAUGAAGUGCCUAGAGUUUGUAAGUUUGAAAUGUGCAAUUCUAGCAUUAUAUAAAAUAGACUUCGAGAAUAAGGCUUUCUGCAGUAGGCACUUAAGUCAUAGUAGAUUCUUUGCAAAUCAGUCUUUUAAUAAAGUCUGAGUACAGAUCAUGCAAAUCUAUUAAUUGGAAUAUAAAUGAGAUAUCUACAGAUAAAUAACUCUGAAGAAAAUUUCUUAUGCACUUUAAAAUAUUUCAGUAAAAUGAAAAUUGUUCAUGAAUGAGAGGUGGCAAUAACAGCCUCCUAGUGACUCAGUUGCUGAGUUAAUUUAAUGACUGACUUGCUGAGAGAAGAAAUGUUGAUAUCAAACACAAGUUUUCAAAAACCAAAUUGUUAAUCUUAAAUUAUAAGCAUUGCAGCAAAUAGUAAUUGUGAAGACCAGUAAGUCAGGAUUUGAUUUAAAGCUUGAUGAUAUUUUUCAUAUAAAAUGUCACCAGUAAAUUAUGAGAAUUUAAAAUAGCAUGCCUUUUGACAAUUGCAAAGCACUUUGCAUGCUGAUCAUUUUGAGUAGAGUAACAUUCCAGUCUUUUUUAAAAAAAAAAAAAAAAAAAAGAAAAGGAAAAGAAAAAGAAAAAGAGACUUCCCAUACUUUAAUUGUGCGUGAAUGGUCUCUCUGGUACCCUUGUCCAUAAUUCCUUACCACUAGUGACUUCUUUAUAGCGUAUUAGCUUAUUAUGGCUAUUCCAAAAGAAAGCUGCAUUUAUCUGGUUUUCUCCUAUUGUAGAACUAGUUAGUAUACUUAAGCCUGAUGACUAGUUAGUAUACUUAAGCCUGAUGAUCUGAAAUGCAUUUAGUGAAAGAGUUUGAAGGUAACUUGUGAAUGUACUAUCUCAAGUAAAAAAGAGAGAUUUUAGAAUAUUAUAAGUCAUUUGCCUUCCUCCCUUCCCCCCCACAAUGUGUGUUUCAGCUCAUCUUGCUAUGCACUCUACUGAUGAUAGUCUCAUUCAUGAAGAACACUGAAAUCUGAUAAUGCAUAUCCUUUUUCCUUCUUCCUUGAAUAUUUAAAUGGAUUUUGAAUUUGAAUAGGCACUUAAAAAUUGUUAGUCCAGAAAUGCUAAAAGCACAAAUAAGAGGGGUGAAAAUGUGCAAAUAUUCUUACUGUGGGAGAUUAAUGGAGAGAGGAAAUGUGAUGUAAAUGGUUUAUGUGCUCGAGUUAGUAAUGAAUGAGUAGAGUUAGUCUGCACUUGACAGAGCAGAAGUUUAAAUACUGAAAUGUUCACAUAUGUUGUUUAAGAAGAGACAUGAGCAUGUGUUCUUGCAAGAUAUCUGUUCCAAAGCCAGUAAAAAUGAUACUUUUUU